GCCUCUAACUCCUCCUUUUCAAGAUCCGCUCGACUACACCCUUAUACUUAUCCUGAUACCUUGAUUACAUACAGACCCUAAACAGAUCCGGUGUUAUUCACCUGUUGCGUCAUCACUGAUGCCCCGCACUUAUGGUAAAAGAGCAAAGCAGACGCGACUUUCUUUUGCUCCGAUAGCCCUGUCGCAAGAUUCUGCCGAGGAUGCUGACGAGAAGAGUGACCGCAAAGCUACUUUGCGCUAUGGGCAUCCGUCAAUGCCUACUAUCCGUAGUACUCGGUCCCAACCAAGCGGGCCAUCAAGGAAAAGCAUGUCACCAGUUCCGUCCGUGAAGAAGUCCUUAGCGGACCAGCAAGGCUCCAUAUUGAAGGCAGAAACUUCUAAAAAGUCUACCCCUACGAAAAAGAAGAAGAAGAAGGAUAGGCAGGAGCAAAAGAGGAAAAAGGACAAGAAAAAGGGCGAAGAAUCCACAGAUGAACUACCACAGCCUUCUACUUCGGAGACCAAGAUGCCUGUCCAUCGAGAGAGUGAAAGCGAUGGCGAAGAAGAAGCUCCUACCAGUGCUCGAAAAGUAAGGGAGGCACGAGUUCUGAAGCGGAAGAGACCCCAGACCCCGUCCGAUACCGCACAUUCCCCAUCCCAAACUCCUUCGCCUUCUGCGAAAUCCAACGAUAGUGAUGCCGACGAUAUAAUCUCUCGUCCUCGACGGAAACUACGACGUGGCCCCGCACAGCAGCCUACGAUUGUGCUGGAUGGUGAUGAUUCUGAUGAAGGGCCUAUUUCAACCCCGGCAAGAAAACGAAGGAGUGCCAUCGAUGCUCAGCCACCGAAGACACCAGAACAAAGCUUGGAUCAAGACGAGCUAGAUCUAAGGGAGGACCUUCAAGAUCUUCAAGACUCAGUGGUGAAGGAAACACGAACCAGAGGAAGACUAGCCAAUUCUGCGCGAGCUCAAAGACAACAACACCUAGAAGCGUUACGUCGGCGGAGAGCUGGUGAGAAAGAAACCGAUGACGAGAGAUCAGGGUCUCCACAAAGCGCAUCAGAGAGCGAGGGUGGAAGCGACGACGACGACGGAAAUGAAAGUGAGGGCGAAAGCACUAUCCCACCGCCUCGUUUUCGUCAACAAAAAGAGAAUAGUGACGUUGAAUCCUCUGUAGCAAGCGAUGAAGAUCUUGAUCGUUAUGAAGAUGAUUUCGUUCUAGAAGAUGGGACCCUCGGUGCGCCGAGCAGUCUACCAGAUAUGCCAUUCGAAUUCUCCCGUCAUGCAUACAAGCAACUGAAAGAUUACUUCCAAGACGCAGUGGAAUGGAUGGUAUUCAAUCAGCUUAAUCCAGCCUUUGACCGCUCUAGCCCAGUCUACCAAGUCGCAUUUUCAAAAUUAGAAGAUGAAGUAAAAGGCCGGACUGGAUCGCAGUUAAUUUCCUCCGUAUGGAACGCCAGCUUCCGCAGCGCCCUCAUGGCAAGGCCUCGCAUGGAAGUUACCGGAUAUCCAACGCUAGAGAAUCACCCUUGCGAUGCCUGCAAUCGAUCCGGCCAUCCGGCCUCCUCUGACAUGAAGCUGCAUGGAAAAGCAUACUCAUUGGAGACGUUUGAGCCGUUGUCAGACGAGUCAAGUGACGCCGAAGAAGAUGGACAAGAACGGGAUCGAGAUGGACAUGUUCUCCCCGAUGAGAACACCCGAUUUUUGCUAGGAAGACAUUGCAAAAACAGAGCUACCAUGGCCCAUACCCUCAUCCACUGGCGCUUUCACCUUAAUGAAUGGGUAGUAGACCACCUUGAACGAAUGGGCUACAUGACCGACAAGGAAGUGUUGAGGCGGAGCCACUGGAGCCAGAAGAAAAAGGCUAAAAAGGCCGCUGAAGCCGUCGGCUUGAUGGUUUACGAAGGCGAGAUAAAGAAGCUCUGGCGAGAUUUCCAUAUCAACCUCAGAACGGCUCGAGAAUCCGUGACGCUUGGAUAGUGCCUCAUCCAGAUCUCUUUAAUAUUCUUCGAAUAUAUCCUAUCGAUAUCUUUGCUCGAGGUACUAUCUACUAUGGGCCUUU